AUGGAUUCACAAUUUGAGAAAAUGAGAUUGUGUAUCAAUAUAAAGGAGCUAAAUAAUGUCAAAACGGUAGGUAUUUGUGGGAUGGGUGGCAUUGGAAAAACAACUAUUGCUAGUGUCAUCUUCAAGGAAAUGCAAUGCCAAUUUGAGGGUAGUGCUUUUCUUGCGGAUGUUAGAGAAACUUCAAGAAAAUAUGGUUUGAUCACUUUACAAAGGCGACUUUUAUGUGCAACAUUGAUGGAAAGAGACAUAGAUGUGUACGAUGUGUACAAUGGAGUUUAUCACAUAAAAAAUAGGCUAUCUCGGAAGAAGGUUUUGGUCAUUCUUGAUGAUGUUGAUGAGUUGGAGCAAUUAGAAUUAUUAGUUGUGAGAAAAGAUGAAAACUGGUUUGGAGUUGGAAGUAGAAUCAUAAUAACGACAAGGGAUGAACAUUUGUUGAUCCAACAUGAAGUAGAUCAAAUAUAUAGGGUUGAAGAGUUAAAUCAUCAUGAAGCCCUUCAACUCUUUUGCUUGAAAGCCUUCAAGAAAGAUUGUCCACCACAAGAUUACAUGGAGCUAUCCAACAAAGCUGUAAACUAUGCAGGUGGCCUCCCAUUAGCGCUUAAUGUUUUGGGUUCCUCCUUGUAUGCUAGAUCUGUGAAAGAAUGGAGCAGUGCAUUGAAGAAGUUGAAAGAAAUUCCCAAUGAAAAAAUUCUAAGAAAAAUGAAACGUUAUUUGAUGAAAGUACUGGAAAGUAGUGGAUUAUACCCCGAUAUUGGUAUAAGGGAGCUUAUCGAUAAAUCUCUCAUAACUAUUUCAGACAACUGUGUGUGGAUGCAUGAUUUGCUUGAAGAAAUGGGUCAAGAAAUUGUUCAUCGAGAAUGUCGAGAAGAGCCUGGACGACGUAGUAGACUAUUGCUUUAUAAGGAUGUCUGUCACAUCUUUAUGAAUGAUACGGGAACAAAUCUAAUUGAAGGUGUAGUCCUGGAUUAUAUGUUUGAUCAAGGAGAAAGAUACAUGAGUUCUAAAGCCUUCUUGAAGAUGAAAGCUCUCAGAUUGCUCAUACUUUUCAAUUUAAACCUCUCCAAAGACAUUGAAUAUCUUUCCAAUGAAUUAAGGUACUUGGAAUGGAGUGGGUAUCCUUUCAAAUCUUUGCCACAAACUUUUCAACCAGAUCAACUUGCUGAGCUCCAUUUGUCUUAUAGCAGAAUUGAACAAUUAUGGAAGGGAGUAAGACCUUUAAAGUUGUUGAAGAUAAUUGAUCUUAGUUACUCCAAAACAUUAAUCAAGACACCCGACUUUAGAGAGAUCCCAUACCUUGAAGAGUUGAUUCUUGAAUGUUCUCUUCCAAGUAGCCUGUGUAAUUUGAAGUCUCUUAAAGUUUUUAGAUUGACUGGCUGCUCGAAUCUUGAAGAAUUGCCAGAUAAUAUAGGGGAUAUGACAUCUUUGGAUGUGUUUGAAAUAGCAGGAAUCGGUUCAACAUCAUUGCCAUUAGCUCAGCCAUGGGAUUGUCUUUGCCCAUGGUGGCCAAUGCCUAAGAAACCUACACCUGCCAUGUCCUUUGAGUUGCCUUCUUUAAGAGAAUAUCUAGAUCUAAGCGGAAAUGAUUUUGUAAGCAUGCCUGAAAGCAUUAGUCAACUCUCCAAACUCUUAGCUCUUAGUUUCAGCAAUUGUAAGUGGAUUCGAUCAUUUCCAAAUAAUCUUUCUUCGGGUCUCAAGCAUCUUAGUAUGGUGGGUUGCUCUUGCUUGGAAACUUCACUAACUACGAGUAUAAGUAGAAAUUUUAAACUUGAAAACCUUCACUUCGUUGAUUGCAAGAAGCUUCAGUCCUUGCGUGAUCUUUCAUCAACCAUUUUACAACUUAGUGCGGAAUGUCUAACUACACAGGAAAGUAUUCCAAAUCCAUUUGAAGCAAACACUUCAAGAACUUCAUCGUGCACUCUUAUAAAAUGGGGACUCUUUAGUUCAAGCACCCUUAUAUCAUUGUGUUUAGCCUCAAGUGAAGUUCCUGUGUGGUUCAACAAUCAAGGCUCGGGGUCUUCAUUAGAAGUGCAGCUACCUCCUUAUUGGUUGAAUUACGGAAGGGGAGGAUUCUGUUUAUCUGGAGUUUUUAGAUUCCAUCAUGAUCAGCCUCCUUCAGUGGAUACUUGGACUGUUGUGUGUGACUUGCAUGCAUACAAUUUGCCGUCGGAACAAAGUUUGUUUCUAGGUCGCUUUACGAUGGAAAUCGCUCAAGAUUUAUGCAUCACUUCUGAUCAACUUUGGUUUAGCUUUGUGCCUUCUAGCUCCAUAACUUGUCUAGAUCAGUUGGAAGGAUGUAAUCAACUUAAGGCGUCAUUUUUUUCUGACCAGUUAGAGGUGAAGAAUUGUGGACUUCGUCUAAUAUAUUAUGAGGAUGAAGAUGUAAGGGAAUUAAUGUCGUGCGAUAAUCCUUUUGAGGAUUUGGGUCUCCCAGGAAUAACUAUUGCAGAGAUAUUUGCAUUUAUUUACCGUUGUUGA